UCGCCCCCGAACGGCCGGGUGGGUAGCUAGCUAGGCUAGCUAGGCUAGCACGUACACAGUACAUAGAUUAUACUGUGAUAAUCUAGGAUCUUCAUCUCAACAGACUCAAUCUCAGAUCCUCUCAUGAUGGAAGUGGCAGAAUUUAUUGAAAAAUUCGCGGAGUCUUUCCAGAAAUUCAUGGAAAAGGCACAACUCUCUUCAUCUAUCGCCAUGGUGAUAGAUGAGAGUAUGCUAGCUGAAGUUGAUGUCAAACCAUCAGUGCUACAAAGCAGUGUGUCCAUGCUCCUACAAGACUUACAGAAUCUUCACAACUUGUGUGAUUCCUCAAAUUCUGAUGGAAAGUCAGACGAUACCCCUCCUUGCCCAAGUUGCAGGGAACGAAAAGAGAAGCCAAAGGAUGACCCUAUAGAUCUUGAUCCCGAGGUCGUCCAAAUAACAGCAGAUAAUAGGGAGAUUUACAGGAGGAUCCAGGCAUUCAUAGAUCGCAAGCAGACAGAGAAGGAUGAUACUAAUUGCAGGGAGUUCUGUACCAUGGUGCCCCAUUCAUCAGAUACCUCCUGUGCAAGAACAGACGCUGUGUUCACAUCCCAGACUGGUGGAAAGAGCCAUGUUAAAGUAUCUAAGGUAGUAAACAAGUAUGGACCCCAAACAAGACCAGCUCUGAUCACGAUGCCUCAUGUAAGACCUGCAGUUAAAAGAGAACGGAUUCAAAGAGAGUCUUCUGGCUCUGAUGGUGCAGCUGGUCCUGUGACAGGGGUUGAGGAAAGGCUGCACAACAUGGAAUCUUUCCUCAAAAUUAAAACAGGUCAUAAUUCUUCAGGGGACAUUUUCCAAAGACUGAAGCAUCUAGAAAAAAGAUUAUUACACUUAGAAAGCGUCUCUCCAGAAUAUGCAAAUGUAUCAUCUUCAAUGGCCAAGCCACAGAGGGGAGAAGGCCUUGAUAAAGAAUAUGGACAAGACACUGCAGUGCAUGAUAUUGACCUCAGGAUUAAAGAGCUUCAGAGGUCACUCAGGAUGAAGAAAGCCAGGAUUGAGACCAUGGCAAAGACAGAGUCUUGACCUCAAUGGAAGCAAGCAGUGUGCUAACAGGAUUUGAUAGGUUUUUGAGUACCAAUGAAAGAGAAAGUCUGUACCAAGAAUAUGGAAAAGACAAUGCAAUCUAUGGCCAAGGCAGAUACAUGACUGUGAGUGAAACGCGCAGCGUGAUAUUUCCAGGACUUAAUCGUCUUUUAAAAAAAAAAUUAAUGAGAGCAUGGCUGAGACAGAAUGCUAACUUUGACUGAUCCAGGCAGUUAGUGUAAUAAGUCCAGGACUUAAAUUUUCUCUCAUGAUAAAGCCCCUGGGAAAUAGGUGGUCUUAACAAAGAAUGUGGACAAAGCAAUGUCAUAUUUGGCAUUGACAGUGAAAUUAAGAGCUUGAUAGUUCACAAGGUUCAACAAGGGUGGAGUCAGUGAGGAUGGAAACCGUUGCUAAGACACAAACCUGAACCAAGC